AUGGGCCAGAAACGUCAACGCGACCAGAAAGGGUCUGGGUUCCAGUCGAAGAAGCGCAAGCGUGGAGCGAAUUCCAGCAAUGCGGACGACAAGGACGACGGCUGGGACGGGAUCGUUGGAGUGGAGGACUUGAAUUGGAAGGAGGUCGCCCUGCCCGAUCGACUCGACGAUGCUGAAGGAUUCUUUGGCUUGGAGGAAAUAGAGGGUGUCGAUAUUGUGCGACCCGAGGGAAGCGGAGAGAUCCGGUUUAAGGCCAAGGCUGGAAAACCAAAGAAGUCGAUACUGAAGAACAAAACCAUCCCGCAAGAGGAUAAGACCUUUGACGACGAAUGGGAAGGCUUCAGCGAUGGAGAGGCUGCUCAAGAGACUACAACAACGGAGCCGACAGAGGAGCCCGUGCAAACUACAAACGAAGAGACUGAAGUGAAGGAGAAGAAGGAACCGAAGAAAAAGGAGGCAAAGAAGGAGGUCAAGAAGGACGCGAAGAAUGCCAAAAAGGAGCCGAAGAAGAAAGACCUGCCCUCACAAAAAGACAAAGACAUCAAACCUGGCUUGUCCUUUGCGGCGCUUCAAGACGCGGAGGAAGAUGAUGGUGUGGACAUUUCCGCCUGGGAAUCUCUGGGUCUGUCUCCGGAGAUCCUCAACAGUCUCUCGAAACUCAAGUUUUCCUCACCGACAGCUGUUCAGAAAAGCUGCAUUCCUCCCAUCCUUGACGGCCAUGAUGUUGUUGGAAAGGCCUCAACAGGAUCCGGAAAAACUCUAGCCUUUGGUAUUCCAAUCCUCGAAUAUUACUUAGAGAAGAAGCGGAGGGAGACCAAGAACAAGGACGAUAAGAAAGAGACGUCGCCAAUUGCGUUGAUCCUUUCUCCCACGCGAGAACUCGCACACCAAUUGGUGAAGCAUAUUGGAGAGGUCAUCACCCACGCCCCUGGUGUCAACGCCCGUAUAGCCCUCUUGACCGGUGGACUGUCAGUCCAGAAGCAGCAGCGCUUGUUGAACGGAGCUGACAUUGUCAUUGGUACACCCGGUCGAGUUUGGGAAGUCCUCAGCGGGGGCCAGGGCUUGAUCAGCAAAAUGAAGGAAAUCAAGUACCUUGUUGUUGACGAGGCUGAUCGACUUCUGAGUGAGGGUCACUUCAAAGAAGCCCAUGAGAUCUUGGCUGCUCUCGAUCGGGAGGAGAUUAACGACUUCCCCGGCGCAGAGGAGGACGAGUCAGAUGAUGAGGAUUCCAAGACACAGCGACAGACUCUGGUGUUCUCCGCCACUUUCCAUCGAGACCUGCAACAGAAAUUGGCAGGCAAGGGCAAGUGGACGGGAAGUGAUCUGAUGAACAAGCAGGAAUCGAUGGAAUAUCUUCUGAAGAAAUUGAACUUUAGAGAGGAGAAACCGAAGUUUAUCGAUGUGAACCCUGUGUCGCAAAUGGCCGAGGGCCUGAAGGAGGGAAUUGUCGAAUGUGCUGCGAUGGAAAAGGUACAGUCUGCAGACACGUUGUCAAUGGAUUUCACACUGACAUUAUUUCAGGAUCUCUACCUCUACACUUUGCUUCUCUACCACCCCAAACACCGUACCCUAGUCUUUACGAACUCGAUCUCCGCCGUGCGGCGCCUCACUCAAUUCCUCCAGGCUCUCCAACUCCCCGCCCUUGCCUUGCACUCGUCGAUGGCCCAAAAGGCCCGCCUCCGGUCUGUGGAGCGUUUCUCAUCUCCGACCGCCGAUCCUAGCACAAUCCUCGUUGCAACCGACGUCGCAGCCCGUGGUCUAGACAUUAAGGGCAUUGACUUUGUCAUCCACUAUCACGCUCCUCGUACCGCAGACACCUACGUUCACCGAUCCGGCCGCACAGCGCGCGCUGGCGCAUCCGGAAAGAGCGUUAUCAUCUGUGCCCCCGAAGAAAUGGUCGGCGUGGUGCGACUCGCGGCAAAGGUGCAUGCAAACAUGGCCAACGGCAAACGCCUUCCGCUGGAAUCCCUCGAACUGGACCGCCGGAUCGUCUCCCGUGUAAAGCAGCGGGUGACACUCGCCGCACGCAUCUGUGACGCCAACAUCGCCAAAGAAAAAGUUUCCGCGGAAGACAACUGGCUCAAAAACGCCGCCGAGGAACUGGGCGUUGACUACGAUAGCGAAGAGUUUGACGAGCGCCAGGGGCGUGGACGAGGCCGCGGGCGGGGCCGUCAGCAGCGCGAACGCCAGGCCAGCAGCAUCAGCAAAGCCGAACUGGCUGGCAUGCGCGCGGAAUUGAAACAGUUGCUUUCGCAGAGAGUCAAUGUUGGUGUCAGCGAGCGGUAUCUGACGUCAGGACGGGUGGAUAUCGAGGCAUUGUUGCGUGGGGAGGGCAAUGCGUCUUUCUUGGGCCAGGUUGAUCCUCUGGGGUUCUAA